AUGCCGCAUCAGAGUGCAGGUGAACCAGUCCCAGUGACUGCGCCAAAUCCCCAGAUUUGGCACUACGGCCAGCCAACCGGGUGGCCAAUAGUGAGACGUCAGGGUCUCCCAGCCCCAAAUAAGAAACCUAAACGUGUGAGAACCGCAUUUACAACGAACCAACUGUUGGCACUUGAAAAUGAAUUUAACCAGUGCCGUUAUCUGGCCCCGACACGACGUCUACAGCUGGCAAAUAUACUACACAUCAACGAGCGUGCCAUUAAAAUAUGGUUUCAGAACCGUCGUAUGAAGCAAAAAAAGGAUUUUUUAGAGAGCCAAGCCACUUCAGAAGAGAGUUCAGAAGAUAGUCUGAGUCCAAUAAUGUACCACCAGGGCGUAAUACCAAAUUAUCCAGAAGUACGAGUACCGACGACACCAAAUCUAACCUCGGAACAUCCUCAAUAUUCCCCGUACAUGUAUGAGCCUUAUCCUCUGGGCAAUGUCUCGGCACUACCUUGGCACCCAGAUGUACAAGCUCCUACUCAACUUGGAGCAAGUUUGUCUUCAGCAGCAACUAUUCCGACGGCACCAAAUUUGAUGGCACAACAACCUCGGUACUCCCCGUACACGUAUGGUACUGAUCCCAGUAUUACUCCUCGCAGUAUCGCAGCACAACGUUACCAGUCAGCAGUACAAGCCGCUCUUCAACUAGAAACAAGUCAUCCUUUGCCAAAUUUAAUGUCAGAACACCAUCAAUAUUGUCCCGACUUGUAUGAGAAUACUCAUCCAAUGUUUGCUCCGGGCAAUAUCCCAGCACCACCUCUCCAGCCAGAAGUACAAGUUCCACCCCAACGAGAAGCAAGCCUUUCUUUAACAGACCAUACAGCUACAGAUAUUUCUAACGAACAUGACAACUCUUCCUGGGAUCCAUUGGAAUUUAUAGACGAUCUAUUGUUAUGA